UCUAUUCCUUUUGAAGAUUUGUGAAACUUUAAAUUGUAUCUUAUUUUGUGUUUUAAUCCUCUCGAUUUGUUAUUCACGUUAAAUUUCAUUCACUUAAUUUAUUAUUUAAUUCUUGCCAAUUCGUGUCAAUUUGAUCCAACAACAAAAUCAUUUAGUGUUUAAUCAACAAUGAGUAAUGGAAAGCUUGAUUUGACACAAGGAAUCUUCGUUUAUCUCGAUAUUGCCAUUUCUGGUGAAAUGGUUGGAAGAAUAGUGAUAGAACUAUUUGAUAAGAUAGUACCCCGAACUAGUGAAAACUUUCGCGCCCUAUGCACAGGUGAACUUGGAAUGUCAGAAUCAGGUUAUAAGCUGACUUAUAAAGGAUUAGCAUUCCAUCGAGUUGUCAGAAAUCUUAUGAUACAAAGUGGAGACAUUCAUUAUAAUGACGGAACUGGUGGUGAAAGCAUUUAUGGGCCUACAUUCGAUGAUGAAGGGUUUGAAAUCAAGCAUGACAAACCUGGAAUUGUCAGUAUGGCCAGCAGUGGACCUAACACAAAUGGAUCUCAGUUCUUCAUCUCUACUGUACCUUUAUUUCAUUUGGAAAAUCAAUAUGUUGCUUUUGGUCAAGUUCGCAAAGGAAUGGGCAUUGUUCAUUUGAUUGAAAAUAUCUAUACAAAUCCAGAUACAGAAAGAUCUAUUGAACCUAUCGUUAUCAUUGAUUGUGGUCAGUUGAAACAUGGCCAAGAUUUUGGUUGGAUGCCAAAUGAUAGAACUGGUGAAGCUUAUCCUCCAUUUCCAGAGGACUCAGAUUUAGAUCUAAACAAUGUUGAUUUGAUAGUAAAAGCUGCGGCAAAGAUGAAAUUAGUCGGAAACAGACUUUAUAAGAAAGAAGCUUUCACUAUUGCUUGCUCAAAAUAUACAAAAGCUUUACGGUAUUUGGAAGUCUUACAUGACGAUGAGAAAAUGAGCGAUGAAGAAAUAAAAAGGGUAAAAAGACUUAGAUUGCAAUGUCUACUCAACAGUGCUGCAUGCAAAACUAAAUCAAAGCGUUACAUCGAUGCUUUGAUUGAUUGUAAUAAAGCUCUUGAUAUGGAACCAGAAAACGUAAAGGCACAUUUCAGGAGAGGUCAGGCAUUUCAUGGAUUUCGUGAUUAUAAAGCUUCCCUUGAAUCGCUAAGACAAGCGCUAAAAUUAUCUCCAAAUGAAAAAUCAAUCCAGGCCAAAUUAGCAGCCGUUCUUGGUGAUAUGAAAUCCCAUCGAGCAAGAGAGAGAAAAGCUUAUGCAAGUUUUUUUUCAUGAUUUGAAUCUUAUCAGAUGCACAUUUUACGUCGUUUGUACUUCUUUUGUUCAACCCUGAAAACCUAAACAUUAAAAAAAGUUAUAGCAAAAA